GGGGAGCGGCGGGCAGGCCGGGCAUGGCGUCCAUGGCGGCGGCGAUCGCGGCCUCGCGCUCGGCGGUCAUGAGCGGGAACCGGCCUCUGGACGACCGGGAACGGAAGCGCUUCACUUACUUCUCGUCGCUGAGCCCCAUGGCUCGGAAGAUCAUGCAGGACAAGGAAAAGAUCCGCGAGAAGUACGGGCCCGAGUGGGCGCGGCUGCCGCCGGCACAGCAGGACGAGAUCAUCGACCGGUGCCUGGUGGGGUCGCACGCCUCGGCGCCCCGAGGCUCCGGGGACCCGGCAGACUCGGAGGAGCUCCCGCGCUUCCCGGGCCUGCGGGGACCCACGGGCCAGAAGGUGGUGCGCUUCGGCGAUGAGGACAUAACUUGGCAAGAUGAGCACUCAGCCCCUUUCUCUUGGGAAACAAGGAGUCAGAUGGAGUUCAGCAUCUCCUCCUUGAACAUCCAGGAGCCCAGCACCAGCACGGCCACCAGCGACACGAGGUCACUGUGCAAAGCCUCCCAGGGCACUCAGGCCUUCAAGGCUUCCCAGGGCAGCAGGUCUUCCAGCCUGGACGCUCUGGGUCCUGGCCGCAAGGAGGAAGAGGCGUCCUUCUGGAAGAUCAACGCUGAGCGGUCUCGGGGCGAGGGGCCAGAGGCUGAGUUCCAGUCGCUGACCCCCAGCCAGAUCAAAUCCAUGGAAAAAGGAGAGAAGGUCUUACCCCUCAGUUACCGGCAGGAGCCCAGCCAGAAGGACAGGGAGGCCAAAGCAGAGAGGCCCAGCACUGUCCGCCAGGAGCAACGUGUGCUUCCCCUCGCCGCCGAGUCGGAAAGACCCCAGCCAGUCCAGGCUCCCUCUGCCAGCGCGUUGCCUGAGGUCAAGCCUUCAGAGGCUGACAGGAAGCUGCCCUCUCCAACCGCUGCCAGGCUCGAUGACUUGGAGGAUGCUUUGUUCUUGGAACCCAAGCCUGCACAGGUCAGCUCCAGCAAUGUCAUCUUGAAGACGGGAUUCGAUUUUCUGGACAAUUGGUAAACUGUGGUCGACCAAAAAACAAAUGCAGCCAAGCACCCCAAAACGUUUUCCAAAGCAGUGUGACGGUGGAGGAGGGCCAGGGCAGCAUUUCUCUGCGUGCUUUCUCAGCUUCCCUACACUUGUUCCUUAAUCAUUGGAAACUGGGCAACAUUGCCAGAUUUUUUUUUCCUUUUUAAAUUUUUGUUUUUGGUGAAGCCAGAUAUAUGUGCUAUUUUCAAUGAUGUAAUAACAGAAAUUUUACAUUUGGAAUUUUUAAAAAAACGGUCAAAAAUGCAAUUCAGUCUCCUCAGGGGGAGAAUUUUCUCAAACGUGUGACCGUGUAGCCGGGAUCGCAAAAGCGAUAUCCACCUCCUCCUUUAUCCGUCCCGCCUCCCAUCCCCAUCCCUUCCUGGACGGGGUUCCUUGGGAUGGUGACAACAAUGGCCUCGGUCACACUGAUGUUGGCUUUCACCCAGCCCUCAGAGCUGUCCGGGGCCGCUGCCGCUCAAACUGUGUUGCUUACGUCUUGUGCCAUGCUUCCCCUCAUGUAGUUUUGAGAAUGAGACUGGACAGGUGGCGGCUCUCUUUAAGCUGUCCUGAUGCUGAACUCAAUGUCUUGGUCCUUGUUCAGAGAAGAGUUGCAUGUUUUGAAGUUUUGUUUUAACUUUUCUAGUAUCUAGACUUAGUGGCACAUGUCUUGGUCUUAUUUGGCCAAUUUGGAAGCUCUCAUCGCUAAGGUGACCUGUUGGUAGUUCCCUGUAUUGGAUGCCUGCAGGAGUCGGGGCCUUGUUAGAGGGCAGGGCCGUUCCAAACAGUCACAUGAGAACCUCCCAGUGUCAGAUGGAGGAAGAGGGGGCAGUGAAUGUCAUUCAUCCCCAGGACUGACCAGGCUAUAUCAUCAUGGACCCUCCCCAACCUUGACUGGAAAGGAAGUGGAAGAAUGGAUUUUCUGGACACCCCAGCAGCAGUCCUUGGAGAUCUUCACUGCAGCCAGGUUCCCCUGACGGGCUGUUCUCAGGGGAAACAGUUGCCCUUGCUGCUGGCCUGCUGGAGAAAUAUGGCUGUCACCUAGGGUAGCUGCUACCCUUGCCUGGUGUCCUGGAUCCCUGUCGUCCCUGAGUCGCAGCAGGUGCCCAAGCAGAACCACAAACUUCAUCCUAUGUGGUCUACACGUUUGCCAUCACUGUGUCUGCCUCACCUAAAGCCUUAAUCCUUUAUCCCAGUCAGCCAUGCUGGUGAGCACUUGGUCUCAACACCAAAGUGUGUGUCUCUCUCUUUUUUUUAAAUGCGUAUUUCAUAGCACCUUUUGAAAUAAUUUUCAGAAUAUUUUAUAUAGCUCGAAGGUAAUACACAUGGCAACUCUACCCUGAUUCCUGGGAAAUUUCUGCCAAAUUACGGCUAAGCCAACAUGGGAUUUGGUUUCUGCCAAUUACUCUAUGUUCCCAGACAUACUCUGGUCCCUGAAGUCUUGCAAUUUCCCUACCUCCUUCAGUGAGGUGCUUUCUGUACUGUUUAAGUUGAUGCAUGCCAGGGGAAAAGCCUUCCGGGGGCGGGGGGAAUGUGAGGGGAAGGGGCUGAGAGAUCCCAGCUGGAACUGCCAUAGCAGGAUACCAGCUCUCCCAGGGCACAGAGCCCCAGAGCGGCUACCACCUGCCUCCACUUGGUGCCUCCCCGGCUGCGGGCUGUGUCAGAAUUAGUGUAGCAGGUGCAUGUGAGUUGGUGUUCAUCUGUACUGGUAUAGCAGAGAAGAAAGAUCUGGAGAUAGCUAAUUGGGGUGAUCUGUCCUUUUGGGAGGCCAUUUUGCUUCAUGCCCAUUGGCUUGUAAAGCCCAGCAUUCCCUUCAAGUUCUCCGCAAGUUGAAGGGUGAGGGCCUGUGGAAAGCUGCAGCCUUACGGAUCACCACCUGAGAUUCCGCCCCAACAUGGUGUUCAGUUAAUUCUCCUAAUAACGUUUCUCCAGAGAUGAAAUACGCAUUAAAAGCCAAAGCAGAAGGUCUUGGGGGAGUCCUCCAGUCAUGUGGCUUUGCUGUGCUUCCAGAAGAAGGGAAUUCUUUGAGGACUGGCGUCCAGUCCAGCCCAGCCCGUCCAGCCUUGUAGAUUCUCCUGACCCCCCCAAGGCAAUGCUGCUGCCAAGAUGGGUUUGUCCUGCAUAAGGAAUGUCAUCCCUGCGAUUCCCACAUCUCCCCCCGCCUGCUUCCCCCAUAGCCUCCAGCCCCAUGCAUCAAGUUGGACUCUUGGAUGCCAGGAGUUUAUAUGGUUUUUUUAAAUGCAUACUUUCCAGCAGCUGCCUGUGUGCAAUUUGGGCUCCUCAUCCACCCCGACUGUCCACACCCGGGGCUCAGUUCAAGGACUCACUGUUCUGCUCUGUACGAUUGUUUUAUAAAAGCUCCCCCAGGAAGGCAGAGAAGCCAGGCUCAGCCUCACCUGGGAGUCACUUCCCAGGCCCCCUGGCCUUGGGGAGCCCUCCCUGUGGUGAGACCCAGGAGCCUCUCGCCUUGUGUGGACGUUCGGUGGCCUCCCUUUCUUUGAUACACAUUUUCAGAAAAAUGAUAAAUUCUUACUGACAACUUGUAACUUGGUCAUAUUUUAUACUAAUAGCCUUUAAUAAAGACAUUUGAAAAAUGCUA